CACCCAGCGGUGAUGCCAGAUCGGAGAUUUUCACCCCCUUUUUGUGUAAUUUUAAAGAUUAAAUUUAUUUCGUUGGGAGGGGGUUGGACUAUUUAACGCGGAAUAUUUAGGAGUUUCCCCGGAACGUCGACAAUUUUCUCGGAGAAAAUUCAGAGUUGUGACGUCGGCUUGCUGGUCCAGGUCUCUCACCAAAGCCACUUGGGGUUUGUUUAGUUUUGCUGAGCGGAGCCGAUUGAAGAAGCCAACUGGUGUGUGUGUGUAUCUUUAUACAUUUACGUGUAUAUAAACAUCUGUUUAGAAAGCCUUUGAGGAGUUGAUGCUUGCGAGGUUGCGACAUCGUUUAUGGGUCGCUAAAGCAAAGUCUACGCGGUAAUGAUGUACUCCGUUAUACUGUAGAGAUUUUACCUCCAGAUCUGGCAACGUUGCGCCACGAACUACCAGAAUUUCUCCUUUGAUGUUAACGAAGCCUCCAAAUUUCAGUCGUCUCGGCCUCCUGCUCCUCCUCAUUGUUCUCAAUAUUCUCAUCUUUCAUCCUUGAGGUCGGUGAAGCGAGUACUCAUUUGUGAAUGGCGUGCACGGUGGCUGCCCCAUUGCUGGGGCAAAGUGGGAACUUCUCGGCGUGGCUGGAGGCACAGGGUGUGAAUGCAGAGGUGGCCCAGGCCAUGAACUCGGAGCUGGGCAUCCGGGACUACGGGGUCCUACGCGCCUGCGUCGGGGACGGCCUCGUGCGGGCCGAGCUGCUGGCCGCGGCGCGCGACCGCCUGCCCUUUGGCUUCUACGCCGUGCUGCGACAGGUGGUGAAGGCCCUGCGGGGCGCUGAGCCGCACGACCCUGGGACGCCGUGCUGGAACGAUGCCGCUCCCGCCGCCGCCUCCACAUCCUCUCCUGGAGACGUGAUGCUGGGAGGCCUGAUGGACGUGCUGCUCGCGCUGUUUAGCAGCUUGAGCCGGGAACUGCUGCUGUCUGUGCAGAGGAUUGGGGAAUUGGAUGGAGUUAAACAUCCCACAGCUUCAACGGAAAUAUCCUAUAGUCUUGAAGACGAGACCAUUGAAACGAAUCAUAAUCCGAGUGUGGAAAAUGACAAUGGAGAAGAUGGGUCAACUCUGUACCCAAGUGACCUUACACCCGGCUUGGCUGUGAAUCACAUCAAAACGGAAUUCUUUGCAGAUUCUGAAGGUGAACAUAACUUGGGUGACCACCCUGACCUCUCUGGUCCAGACCUCUGUCAGCAACCACAGCAUGCAAUGGGUGAAAUGCAUGGUGAUGAAACAGCUGGCACCUCUGGCUCCAUGAAGACUGAGCAGCAACACUCACAUUUUCAGAACGAUACGGACAAGGUCACGGAAAACUACAGCCAAAAUAAUAUUUCCAUCAACGAGGGAGAGCCGUGUGAUUUUAAGCUUGACAAUCAGAAUGCCCUAACUCCUCGACCAGGAUGUACUGGAGAGAAACUGCCGCUCAGUUGCGAGGUGUGUGGGCGUGUGUUCUCCAGGUCCAGCAAUUUGAAGGGCCACCUGCUCACACACACGGGUGAGAAACCACACCGCUGUGAUGUGUGUGGGCGCAGGUUUUUGCGUGCCAGUGUCCUAAAGACCCACCAAUACGUGCAUACGGGCGAGAAGCCGUUCCGCUGCGAGGUGUGCGGGCAUGGCUUCCUGCGCGCCACCGAACUGAAGGUGCACCAUCGCAAGCACACGGGCGAGAAGCCAUACAGCUGCCAGGUGUGCGGGCAAGGCUUCAUGCUGCCCAGUGUCCUGAAGAUACACCUGCGCACGCACACGGGCGAGAAGCCGUGUAUAUGCCAAGUGUGCGGACAUCGCUGCCUGCAGCCCUGCGACCUGAAGAGGCACAUGCAGAUGCACACGGGCGAGAAGCCGUACUCUUGCAGGGUGUGCGGGCAGUGCUUCGCUCGAAGCAAUUACAUGAAGAACCACGAGCGAACACGACAUGGCCUGGAGAGAUCACAAAAAGAUGUUUGACAUUGUCCCACGUACAUGUCUCGUGGAUGAUGACCUAGCGAUAGUGAGCGGAGCGGCUCUCAAUCAGAAGGUUGCGAGUUCAAAUCCUCGGUUGGGGGUUGACUUGGCCCAUCCUGUUUCAGGGCACGUUAAAAUGAGUACCGUUCAAAUGUGUAGCACUGCAUACAGCCCAGUGUAUGGAGUGGCCAAUGGGGGUAGCCUGCAUUUUAGCCGCACUCUCCAUCCUUUGGGGUAACUUAGCGGUCUUUGACCACCAUACUUGCACUCAGCUCUUGUGCUUCCAAGUUAGCUGCUUGUGUGCGGCAUUGAGUACACCCCGGUACAUUUCUCGGCUAAGGGGCUGUCCAUAAAUGACGUCACGCACCUGGGGGGGGGGAGGGGUCAGAUAUUUGUGACGAUGUGUAACGAAGGGGGGGGUUUGAGAAAUGUGACGUCACAUAAAAAUGCGCGACUUUAAAUAAAUAUAGAAUUGUUAUAACAACACUAAUUUUGAUUAAUUAUUUGACUAUUUGACUAUUUGAUUAUUUAAAUUUACUAAUUUACUAAGGUCACCUUUUAUUUAUUCCAUGAAGGAGCAUUUUGCUUCUCCAUGGGAGAAGGGAGAAGCAUACAUUUAGAAUUUGUUUAAUGAUUGUUAUUAAACAUUUUGAUUCUAAUGAUUCUACCAGGGCUUUUAAUUCUGUGGAAUGAAUAUAUGAUUGUUAUAAUUGUACUCUCCAUUUUGCUUCGUUAUACUACAAAGUUUCAAGUUGAUUUUUUAUAGUUAUAAUUACUUUUAAUAUUUUAUAAUUAUAAGAUAAUUUCAAUAUAAUAUUCUAAACAUCUGCACUUUUAGUUAGACGUUGAAUAUUUUCAAGUGAAUUUUAUGCUAAAGUCAAGCUUUCCAACACCUUAUUAAUACGUGUUUUCUCCUACAUCAGAUUGCAGCGCCACAUUACAUAUGCACUACAAUGACAAUAGUUUAAAUCGAUUUGAAGCAUGUUCUAUUUUCAAAAUGAAAAUAUAGUUGGGGGGGGGGGGCAGAGCUUUGUGACGUCAUAUUUGAGGGGGUCUGA